AGGUAUAACAAAUGAAUCACUCUAAAAUUGCACAAUGUUAAAACCAAAAAUGCCCCGAGGACACACACCAUCUGCCCACAAUAAAUCAGAGCUAUAAAAUGUAGCUUCCCUUAUCCAUCAUCUUCAACGCCUUUAGUUGUGUCGGCUCUCUUCUUCUAAAUCAUGGCUUCAUCAUUCUCCUUUGUGAAAUCGUCACACUCUUCUCCACUCCAUUUGCAUUCUUCUACAAGACUAUUCUCAUGCCCUUUACACACAGCUCUCUCAUCAUCUUCUUCUUUCAAAACGUAUCAGACUUCUCAACUGGUUUUCCAACCGCUGUCAACAACAUGGUCUCGAAGACAAAAAAUAUUCAAAAUCACAGCCAUGGCUGCUCCUCUAAAACAACCUGGAAAGGCGAAAAAAGUGAUUGGGGUGAUAAAGUUGGCACUAGAUGCUGGUAAGGCAACUCCAGCUCCCCCUGUCGGUCCAGCAUUGGGAUCCAAAGGUGUAAACAUCAUGGCCUUUUGCAAGGAGUACAAUGCCAAGACCUCAGACAAGGCUGGAUAUGUCAUUCCUGUUGAAAUUACAAUAUUUGAUGAUAAGAGCUUCACCUUCAUUCUGAAGACUCCUCCAGCCUCAGUUCUCCUAAAAAAAGCUGCAGGAGUUGAAAAGGGUUCCAGUGAUCCUGUGAACGAGAAAGUAGGGAAGAUAACUAUUGAACAACUACGUGCUAUUGCAGUUGAGAAGCUGCCAGACUUGAAUUGUUCCACAGUUGAAACAGCUAUGAGAGUAAUUGCAGGGACGGCUGGAAAUAUGGGUAUUGACAUUGAUCCUCCUAUUCUUCAACGCAAAAAGAAGGAAAUAGAGUAGUGAGAGGAGAGAUGAUUUUUUGCAUUGUAAUGUAUACUAAUUUGCUGGUUACAUGAUGGCAUCUGCUGUAACUUUCUCCUGAUUACAUUGAGUACCAUGAGUAAAAUCUUGUGUUCUUUACACAAGUAAUUUACCAAGAACGUCAUUUUCUUUU